AUGCAAUCGACCUCGCUUGCUGCUUUGUUGUGUGCCCUCGCGCACACGCUUGCCACAGAAGAUUGCCAAGACGCAGAAAGUGCAGGCUUCUCUUUCUUGCAAGCCCAUGUUGUCACCACAAGCCGUGGCAGCGAAGGAGAAGCUCAGCACCACUGGGCUUCAGGCCGCGGUAACUUUCCAGAAUAUGCCGUGGCCAAGCACCCCGCCCCCUUCAACCUGGCAGAGACUUUCGCUUGGGAAUGGCAUCACCCACUGGGACGGUUUGCAACAUUGACGUAUGGUACCGCUAUCGAUGCUGAAAGCAACAUCUACCUUUCAGCAGCAGAUGGGGUGCGCAAAUUUGACCAGCAUGGCAAGAUGCUUUGGGAGUACCCUUCCCUUCCCGCAGAAGUGAUGAAUGCUCCGUCCUUAUACAAUGGACUGCUUUAUGGCAGUGACACGCACGGUCACGUCUUCGCUUUGGAUAUGCAGACUGGCAACUUGAUGUGGAAAACUCGUGUGGCCGAAAAUAUUGGCCAGGACAAUGGCUUCAAUAUGGUCCGUGCAGGCAUUGCGCUUGCAGCUUGCGAUUGGCGCAAGCCAUCUCCGAAUGGGGAGGCCAAUCAGAGGAUCCAAGCUCUGAAUGCGAGCACAGGUGAUGAGCUAUGGAUGUUUAAGCCAGAUACUCCUGUUUGGAAUUUCUUACCGUUGUUCGUAGGAGACAACGAUUUUGUUUUCCAGGACAUGUCUGGCAAGGUGUACCGGAUAAAUUUAUCCACGGGUGCUUUGUUAUGGAAGGCAGGUGGUCGGAACGGUACCUGGACUGAUGGCGGGUCAGCCGUGGGCCCAAACAACGUGGUGUACGCUGUAAACAACAACCAUCCCAUGCCACAAGCCUCAACAAGUGAAUACAGUCCCGGGACACUCAGCGCCUACAACCUAACUGAUGGGCAGCUGCUUUGGUCGAUCACCACACCGCGACCUCCUAACAACGCUCCGGCAGUUGGGCGAGUCAAGAACCUGGAAGGGUUGUCGGUUGUGAUGCCUCUAUGUCAACAAGUACAUAUAGGGGCAACUUGCGAUGUCCAUGUUUACGAUGCAGAAACGGGUGGCCUUCGAUGGAUCUUCCAUGGUCCCACGCAGACGGGCUUGCUUCAGGCCGGUGAUAUGGAAGGAGCACCCGGCCGGCUGAUGCGAGGGGUGCGUUGGGCGUGUUUGCCCAAUGGAUGGAGCGCACCCACGAUAGAUGCUGAAGGAACCGUUUUUGUCGGCAAUGAGGAAGGUAACUUCUACGCACUCAAGGAUACCGAUGGGAAUGGAGUGAUUUGGGGCAAAGAUGAGGUGGCAGCAUUUGAUACCAAGGCUUCUUUCUCUGGCUCCUCAAGUCCAGCGGUUGCCCCUGGCCUUUUAGCAGUAGCUUCUUGUGAUUCCCUGUUCGUGUUCAAGCACUGA